CGGGCUGUGGUGAAGCGGGGCUCUUGUGCCGUGUCUUCCAUCCUCAGGACAGGACCGGUCGCGAUGAAGCUGCAAUAUGUUUUGUACAUCGCGAUGUUCCUAUCGCGGCAAUACAUCUGCGUCCUCGGGAAGGAAGGAGAACUCGGCCUUGCCCACAUGACCGACGUUGUGUACACCUGCAGCAGCUACCUGUCGCGAAUCAUCACCAGGUUCUGCGACAACUUAAUCACGAUCGUCAAGAGGGACACCAGCUCUGUGUUGAUAGACAGGCUAUCGCCAAAGUCACUGCUCGAGUUGCGCGACAAAGAGCGCGUGCGUAAACAGGAGCGGUGGCGGCGUGUGCGCAGACAAAUCGCGAGCGAGUGCUGCGACCAGCCCUGCAACGUCGGCCUCAUCAUCAAAUACUGCCCGGAGGAGUCCAAACUGUUUAAGGAGAGGCCCGACAUCUUCCAAGAUUAAACACUUAUGCCCGUUUUUACCAUCAAUCCCCAAUGUUUAAAUGACCCCUAUGGUAACACAACAGGAAUUUUUUUUAAAGGAGUCACCAAAAAAUUAAGGAUUGAUAUUUCUAUAAUACAAAAAGUUUAACUCUUUAAAGUUGGACUCUAGUUUAAAAUGACUUUAAACCAGUGCUCAUCCCAGGUUUAACUUUUUUUGUAAAUAAGGCCGCUAAGGUCUAUUCACACAUAACAGUGAAGUCAGGC